AUGCCCAAAGUCGCCGAGUUUCCAGUCUAUCCUGUUCUUCAGGGGAAAGUAGCAUUGAUCACUGGAGGCGCUCAGGGUAUGGGCAAAGCGACCGCCCAGGUAUUCCUCAAGGCUGGAGCCAAGGUCGUGAUUGCUGAUGUUCAGGCCGACAAAGGUGAAGCGGCAGCGGCGGAGCUUUCCAAGUUCGGCGACGUGACAUUCAUCCAGACGGAUAUCUCAAAGUCUGAGCAAGUUCAAAGCCUCGUCUCCCAGACGGUAGACAAGUACGGCGCAUUGGACUGCGCGGUCAACAACGCUGCCUUGACGCCGGACAGCACGCCGCUCAUUGACCUCGAUGAGGACUACUGGAGCCGGCUUGUUGGCAUUAAUCUCACGGGGACGGCGCUUUGCUGCAAAUACGAAAUGAGGGAAAUGAUCAAGGCAGGGACCAAGGGGUCAAUUGUCAAUAUCGCUUCCAUCAAUGCAUUCAGACCUCAACCCAGAAUGCCAGCAUACACGUCAACAAAGCAUGCCUUGAUUGGGCUCACCAAGCACGCUUCAUCCGAGGGGGGCCCAAAGGGCAUUCGAAUCAACGCAAUCGCUCCCGGCGCGAUCUAUUCGGAUAUGUCAGCUGCCGCCCUAGAGACCAUGGGGACCACCGAGGAAGAAUUCGCAAAAACUGCGAGUCACUUGCAUCGGUUUGGCCAACCACACGAGAUAGCACAAGGCUCACUUUGGCUAUGCUCAGAUGCAUCGUCCUUUGUAACAGGCUCUUGCCUCACGAUUGAUGGUGGUUUCAUGGCCAUGUAG